UCUCGCGCAACCCUUUUGUACGCGCGCCGCGCUGGCUGUGGCUGCUGCUGCUGCUGCUGCUGCUGCUGAAGAGGAGUAAGAGAGAGAUAGAGAGAGAGAGAAAGAGCGGAGAGGUGCCUCUCCGACGACAUGCGAAGAGACGCGUCCGACGCGACGACGACGGACGACGAGCGAGGAUCGCAGACAGCCCUGGUGAGCGACGAGAAGCAUCCAUGGAACUGAAAAUCCUCCUGUGGGUUCACAUCGUGGGAAUUUGCUCGGGUCUGCGGGGAGUGCGCAUCCAGAUACCGACGGCCGUGAAGAAGGGCGACUCGGCGACGCUGAAAUGUUGGUAUGACCUCGAGGGCGACCCGUUGUACGCCGUCAAAUGGUACAAGGGCGGUCGGGAGUUUUAUCGCUACGCCCCGAAUGAGAAUCCGCCCGUCAAGACGUUCCCCAUCGGGAACCUGACGGUGAAGAAAACGGAGAGCAACGCGACGCAGGUCGUGCUGACGAAGUUGGAAUUGGAGGCGGCGGGCGCGUACAGCUGCGAGGUGUCAGCCGAUGCGCCUUCCUUUCACACGGCUAUAGUUAACGCGGCGAUGAACGUCGUGGAAUUGCCCUCUGAGAUGCCGUCGAUACAGGGACUAAAGAGGAAAUACCGCGUCGAGGAUCCGCUACGUUUGAACUGCACAUCCGGCCGGAGCAAACCCGCCGCGAAUCUCACUUGGUAUAUCAACGAUCGACAGCCUCUCAAGUCGCACGUCCGCACGUACGGCCCGCUCGACACGAACGAAUCGGAGUGGCAGAUCUCGCAAAUUGGGCUCCAGUUCCUGGUUACGCACGAUCACUUUGUCAGCGGCAAGCUGAAGAUACGCUGCAGCGCGUCGAUAUACGACAUUUAUUGGCAGAGCACGGAAGUCAGCGCCGAGGAGGACCGGCCGCGGGUGAUACACUACGAGCCGGCCGCGACUAUCGUCGGCAUCAACUACCUCCAGCCACCGCCAAAUUUUCAGACCGGCCAGAAGAAGCCCGACGGCCAGGUUGGGGUGAAAGUGCUGGGAUCGUCCACGGUGAGCCUGCGGCCGUCGGCGAGGAUCGUUUUGGAAUUGUUUGCGCUUCUUCUAAUCGUCAUUCGUUAAAGGCAUAUAGUGCAUCGCUCGAGGAACGCGCUUUGGAACACUUUGCGUACGUCGACGUGUUUGUGAGAGAAAAGGAGGAGAAGGAGGAGGA